UCUUCCUUCCUCCCGGCCUCACCACAGGCAACCAAAUUGUCUCUUGUUUGAACCACAGAAACACGAAACUACUUCUCUCUCUCUCUCUCUCUCUCUCUCAACUUUGCCAUUAAAGAUGCUUAAACCUUGCUGCUAAACUUGCUGCUGCUGCUGCUGCUGCUGCUGCUGCUGCUGCUGCUUCAGCUACAAUACUAACUCAGCUACUUACAUCUCUGUCUUAGUCAACUGUGAGUUCUUAUCUCUUUUAUUAUCUUUCCCUUUCUUUCUUUCUUCAUCCUACUCAUCAACCUUCUUCACACUCUCUACUCCUCCCAAAACACUACUUACCCAUUUCAUAUAAAUGUUUUAAUCACUAUCUUUUGCAUAUAAAUAUCUUUCAUUCGAUACCUUCAGUUAGUACAAAGUCAUCAGUUUUAUUCUAUUUAGAUAGAUAGAUAUAUAUAUAUAUAUAUAUAUAGAGAGAGAGAGAGAGAGAGUUUGUAUUUGUCUAUAAAUUAGUUAAUGGAAUUUAGAGGGGAAGAAGGAGAUAUCAGAGUUGCAGGAUCUUCAUCCCCAAGUGGAGAAAGAAGAAGAGAUGGUAACCAAAAUGGCAUAACAACAACUAUUCUAACCUCCAUUCAAACCAUCGAUCACACCCCUUCUCAUUCUCACAGACAAUUAGAUCGUAACAUUACUUCAAAGAUAUCCUCCAUUUCCGUCGGAUCCAACCCCGCCAAACCAUCCACCGUCCGCUACCGAGAGUGUCUCAAGAACCACGCUGCAAAUGUUGGAGGAAACGUUUACGAUGGCUGCGGUGAGUUCAUGCCCAGCGGCGACGAUGGCUCAAUCGAAGCCUUGAAAUGCGCCGCCUGCGAUUGCCACCGCAACUUCCACCGCAAAGAGGUUGACGGGGAGACCACCCAGUUGGGUUCCAGUUCUAACAGUAGAAGAAAUCUGAUCCUUAACCCUCUUCAACUCCCACCUCCAUUGCCAUCCCCUACCAUGCUGCACCACCAUCAGAAAUAUCCUAUGCACACGGCUACACCCAUGAGCGUUGCCUUUGGCGGCGGCGCGGAGUCAUCAAGUGAGGAUUUAAAUCCCGAGGGAGUGGUACAGCCGUUUCCUCCUCCUUUCGGUUUAUCCAAGAAAAGAUUCAGGACGAAGUUCAGCCAAGAGCAGAAGGAGAAGAUGCUGGAGUUUGCAGAGAAAGUGGGGUGGAGGAUCAACAAGCAAGAUGAGGAACAAGUGGAGAGAUUCUGUGCGGAGGUUGGAAUCAAAAGGCAGGUUUUCAAAGUCUGGAUGCACAACAACAAGAAUAACACAGUGAAGAAACAGCCGGAAGACGGUUGAAGCUCAAUGCAAAUGUACAGAACAAGGAAGACUUGUGCAAGAGAAACUUUCAUUUAAAAGCUCAUGUGCUUAUCGCUCAGAGUUUAACUAACAAACCUUGUAUAAAGUUGAUUAUGUUCUUCAUUUUCAUGCAAUCUUCGUCAUCUGUUUUAAGCCAAGAAGGAAAAUAACAUGAAACCAGAUGCAUAUGAUCUUGGCACGUCUUUCUUAACAAGACAAGUAUUCAGCAGAUUAUCGUUGAAUGGAA